GACAGUGUUCCUCGCGCCGGAGCCGGGGGGAGCUUGCGGAGGCCAUGGACCACAUCGGGAUACUGGGGGCGCAUUUGCAGCAGCACGCGCACGUGGAGCCCAUCAGCUUCGGCAUCGAUCAGAUCCUCAGUAACGUGGAGCAGAGCUGCAUGCUGGGAGCGAGGAUGCACGAGCCGGACUACGGACACCCAGCUUACAGCGGCGGCGCGAGCGGCUGCGGGAACGGCGGCGGCUUCGCGUGCGGUAACACCGGAUAUAGCGGCACCGGCAGCAGCUCGUGCGGGAUGGCUUCCCUUGGCGGGGCUUAUCACAUGAACAUGGGCGUGAAUGUGAACGGAACUAAUGUGAACGCCGCCGGGGUCAUCCGCGUCCCCGCACACCGGCCUCUGAACGGCGGGAACUCCUCCAUGCCGCCGAUGAGCGGGACCAUGAACAACCUGACCGCGCUCACCUUCCCCUGGAUGGAGAGCAACCGACGCUACACCAAAGACCGCUUCACAGUGUCCCUCUCACCCCUCACUGUAACACGUCGUGUAGGUCAUCCCUACCAGAACCGGACGCCUCCUAAGAAGAAGAAGCCACGGACGUCCUUCACCCGCCUGCAGAUCUGUGAGCUGGAGAAACGGUUCCACCGGCAGAAGUACCUGGCGUCAGCUGAGCGGGCAGCUCUGGCCAAAGCCCUGAAGAUGACUGAUGCUCAGGUCAAAACCUGGUUCCAAAACAGACGCACCAAAUGGAGGCGGCAGACGGCGGAGGAGCGGGAGGCGGAGCGGCAGCAGGCCAAUCGGAUCCUCAUGCAGCUGCAGCAGGAGGCCUUCCAGAAGACCAUCAACCAGCCGGUGACCCCGGACCCGCUGUGCCUGCAGAACAGCUCUCUGUUCGCCCUGCAGAACCUGCAGCCCUGGACCGAGAACACCGCCAAGAUCAGCAGCGUGUCGGCCUGCGAGUAGAGCCAACACACGGCCUGCAGCUGGUACCUGCGCCGGUACCGAGCUGCUGCUGGAGGGCAGAGGCAGCGGCGGCAGCCCGCUGCGGGGCACCGUGCAGAGGUGGCCCCCGGUGCAGGACACGGUUUGAUAGAUGCUGGUUAUCAGGUCACCUCCCUGCUCUUAUUAUCACCCACUCUCUGUCAGACACACUCUGCUGCGGCUAACAGCUAACAUGCUUCUCAUGGGCUCACUCAGCACUACCCCAUCUAACGAGGGUGUCCACAGUCUGAUGUGGACCCUGCAGAGCCCAGGACUGAAACCUUGCUUCAGCCCUGCACAGAGCGGACUGCUGGACUGAUACUCUGGGAUGAACAGUGCUCCUCAAAGGACCAGGACUGAGUUGUUGUAUUAUAGUUUCCCUAUAAGAGACUUGAUGUUUCAUAAACAGCAUAUUUUCAUAUUUGAUGUCUGCAUCAGUGUCUGUAUUUAUCUGCCAUGUUAAUGGACCUUUAACUGCAAAAUUACAGCACUUGUCUUUG